CGUGUAUCAGUGCAGGUCUGACAGGCAGGCAGGAGUGGACACAGUCUACGGUCUAUGUACAGUCUUUGGUGGACACCAGUGGACACACAGGAACAACACUUGAAAGCAACGACUUCAACCCCAAAAUGAACACCGAGCCUGUUGUCAUCGUCUCUGCUGCUCGGACACCGAUUGGGUGCUUGAACGGUGCUCUGUCCACGGUGCCUCUGCAUGACCUGUGUUCAGUGGUGAUCAAGGACGUCCUGAAGCGGGCUGGAGUGAAGCCAGAAGAGGUCUCUGAGGUUAUCAUGGGACACGUGCUAACAGCAGGUCAUGGUCAGAAUCCAGCACGUCAGGCCAGUGUUGGGGCAGGUAUUCCCUACCCUGUCCCGGCCUGGAGCUGCCAGAUGGUGUGCGGCUCUGGGCUGAAGGCUGUGUGUCUGGGAGCUCAGUCCAUCCAGGCUGGAGAGUCAGCUGUGGUGGUUGCAGGGGGCAUGGAGAGUAUGAGCAGGGCCCCUCACACACUGCAAAUGAGAGCAGGUUUGAAAAUGGGAGACGCCUCCCUGCAGGACUCCAUGGUGGCUGACGGCCUGACGGACGCAUUCCACGGCUACCACAUGGGCAUCACAGCUGAGAAUGUGGCGACGCAGUGGAAAGUCAGUCGAGAGGAGCAGGACCAGUUUGCUGUCCAGUCCCAGAACAGAACAGAGGCUGCACAGAAAGCAGGACAUUUUGUUCAAGAGAUUGUUCCAGUCAUGGUUUCCUCCAGAAAAGGUCCCAUUGAGGUCAAGGUGGAUGAGUUUCCUCGCCACGGCAGCAACUUGGAGAGCAUGUCCAAACUCAAACCCUGCUUCAUUAAGAACAGCAGUGGCACCGUCACGGCUGGAAACGCCUCAGGUAUUAAUGAUGGAGCAGCAGCAACUGUCCUAAUGAACCAAUCAGAGGCUGCGAGGCGUGGCUUAAAGCCCAUGGCCAGAAUCGUAUCAUGGGCUCAAGCUGGCCUUGACCCGUCCAUCAUGGGAACUGGACCAAUACCAGCCAUCAGGAAAGCGGUUGAGAAAGCAGGCUGGCAGCUGGAUCACGUCGACUUAUUUGAGAUUAAUGAAGCGUUUGCUGCCCAGUCUAUCGCUGUGGUUAAAGAGCUUGGCUUAAAUGUAGACAAGGUGAAUGUGAAUGGUGGUGCCAUUUCUCUGGGCCAUCCCAUUGGUAUGUCCGGCUGUAGAGUGCUGGUAACCUUGUUGCACGCACUUCAGAGGACCGGAGGCUGUAAGGGCGUGGCGUCUCUCUGCAUUGGAGGAGGGAUGGGCAUCGCCAUGUGCGUGGAGAGGGUUUGAGAUGAAACCCUAGCGCUGCUUUGUGGAUUGCACUUAAUCUCAUUUUGAAUGGAUAAAGGGAUACUGUAACUCAUUGUUUACACUACAGGACGAUAUAAGGGUUUACCUGGGGUCUUCUAAAGUGAAUAUGUUGUGAUUGUUGGAUCAUACCCAAUAAUAGUAUGUCAUUUUCACUGUGAACUUAAUUUCACCUUUCCUGAGGUUCUAGCUAUGUGGGUUAUGUCUAGAUGAUCUAAUAUAUGCUGACGGCUUAAACAUAAUAGGUACCAUGCUGCAGCUGGUAGUUGUUGGCAAGCAACCAAUGAAGAGAGGCUGUUUUUCCCUUCAAAAUAACUUGCUUUCAGUUACCUGUACAACUGAAAAAACUCAAACUAAAACCGCAAAGGCAAGUCUAUAUUAUCGAUAACAGUAUUGAUGAGUUUUGGAAGACAUGCCAUCUUUUCUGUAGAGCAUUUUUAAGUUAUAGUGUCAUUUAUUUGAUAAUUGUUUAAACCACUCAAUAGAUUUUGGUUGCUCUGAAAAACUGAUCAACAUUCCACUUUUUCUAAUCAAUUGUGCAGAUGGCAGCCUUGAAACACAGCAAAGUGCCAAAACAUUAAGUAUGCUAACCUCCUCAAACCAUGUGCUUCCUGUACACAGCCAGAUGUUUGUGAAAACGUCUCCUAUAAUCUAGCUGUUCUACAUAUCAAUAAAGAAUUAUAAGCCAUA